AGAGAGAGAGUGGUGGACGUGGUGGUGGUGGUGGCGGAGUCUGUGUUGAGCUCCUGGCUUGUCUCUGUGUUUCUCGUCACGGUCUGUAUUCACGUGUACUAUGAGUGUCACGCCUGCCUUGGUGACUCUCUAGUGGUGGCGUGCUGGCCGUGCUGGGGUGUCCUGGGAGAAACAACAACAAAGCAACGCUCGCCGCCGCGUCUGCCGCCACAAUCAAAAUGCAGAUGAUGUCUCUGAACAGCACAGUGCGUGUUUCUGGGGAGGAGCCUGACCCGGGACGAGAGGAGAGGUCAGGUCGGGUGAGGGAAGUGGGCAACCAGGCUGUGUGGUCACUGUCCUCUUGCAAGCCAGGGUUUGGCGUGGAGCAGCUGAGGGAUGACUGCCUGGACACUUACUGGCAGUCUGACGGGCCACAGCCUCAUUUGGUCAACAUUCAGUUCCGCCGCAAGACAACCAUUCAGGACGUUUGGAUCUAUGCCGACUACAAGGCUGAUGAGAGCUAUACCCCAAGCAGGAUCUCCAUUCGCUGUGGGACUCACUUCAACGACCUGCAGGAAAUAGAGGUGGUGGAUUUGCAUGAGCCCAGUGGUUGGCUGCUCAUCCCCCUCAAGGACAUCCAGGAGAGGCCCAUCCGUACCUACAUGGUCCAGAUUGCAGUGCUGUCCAACCACCAGAACGGACGAGACACACACAUGCGCCAGAUCAAGAUACACUCCCCUGUUGUGAACACUGUGGUGGCGGUGGAGUGUGUUGGUGCCUUCACCUCACCCAUCUUCAAGCGGUAUGGUGUGAUUCGAUGAAUGUGUGUGUGUGAGUUUAUUAGGAAGUGGUUAUGUUGAUAUUUAUGUUUGUUUAAGAGAGAAGGAUGUAUUUGUGUGUAUGAGAGAGAGAGAGAGAGAGAAGGAUGUAAAAAGUAAGAAUGAGUGUGCCAGUGUUAGGAGGACUUCAGAUCUUACUCUUCCUGCAAUUUCUUCCUUAAGUGUUUAGUCUUGUUAGGGAAACAAAGACAGACAAAAUAUUUUUUAAUUUCAUAAAAACUUCCUCAAACUUUGUGCAAAAUACUACAUGGUAAAUUGGUAAUUGCACAAAAACAUUUUCAUUUCACUAGUUUUUAAGUUUUACAAGACAUUAGCUAUUUUGCAUAUCAUAGACUUUAGACGUUUGAUAAUGUAACGUGAAAGCCAAUUUAAUCGUUGAAUACUGAUUGCCUCACAAGAAGCCGUGCUUGUGGCAGCCGGAGAAGGAAGGACAGACACUCGACUCAUCACUUCUCUCACCUAAAAACCCAACAAUAAAUAUGCAAUAAAUAAAAUGCAACAUAACACCUGAUCCUGACAGAGAAAUGUACAUCAUUCCACCAAAACACACAGCACUUAAAAAAUACCUUGCUAUUUACACAAGUGGUACAGAUCUUAAGUUAUAGUCCACACAGCAUCCCUGAUUAACACAUUGUUCACUCUUAGAUGUCACCGAGUAAUGAAACCUUGCAGGGAAGUGAAUUAACUUUUAUUAUCAUUAUUAUUGGCUGCUUAAGAACGUAAGACAGUCAAACAAUUAAGUAAUGGCCUAGUAGUAAUUGUAAAACACACACACAGUCAUCCUCUUCCACUGUCCAAGACAAUACAGGCAGAAGGUGAAGUCAGUUAAAACUGAGUUAUUUAGUUUUUAUCAUUGCAUUUAAUUCAUUCCUUCACUCCUUCAUAGGUUAGCAGCAGAAAAGAGAGAGAGAGAGAGAGAGAGAGAGAGAGAGAGAGAGAGAGAGAGAGAGAGAGAGAGAGAGAGAGAGAGAGAGAGAGAGAGAGAGAGAGAGAGAGAGAAUGAUAGCUCUCUAACAAGAUCAUGUUAUUAUUGUUGCUGUUCCUUCCUGCUGCUGCUUCACAACACCCUCAAGAAGACCUACACUGAUGGCACAAAAAUGAUGAAAGUGUGUAAAAAAUGAUGUACAGUGAGGAAAUAAACUUUUACCUAUUUA